AUGCCGGGGCCACGCGCGCCCAUUGGAACUCUUGGACAACAUGCGACUUCCGGCGUUGGCCUGAGACGUGCUGGUCCCUCUGGACUCUUCGCACCUGCCACAACGUCGAAAAACGGCCUAGUUAACAGUCAGGCUAGCGACAGCGACAGCGACAGCGACAGCGACAGCGACAGCGACAGCGACAGCGACAGCGACAGCGACAGCGAUUCGUCUGGCGGUGGUGACGUCAAGCCCGAUGUGAGAGCAACCUCAGCUGCGACCAAAUUAUCUUCGAGCCACAGCAAAGCUAGCUCUUCCGCCCUGGAGUCCUCGACAUCAGUCAACAAGAAAGGUGGAAGCCAAAAGCUAAACAUGGCUUCUCGAACCAAGGAAGCAAAGCAAAAAUCUCGCCGAAUAGACUCCGACUCCGACUCCGAUUCCGAGUCUGAGGAUUCUUCAUCAUCCGACUCGCAAGACAGCCCCAAAAAUGCGAAACAGAAUUCAAAAUCGCACCGUAUCCAAAAAGGCGCCAAGGUCCAGAUGAACGUGGAGCCAGAUACCGAUUCGAGUUCCGGUAGCGAGAGUGACAGCGAGAAGGUGCCUAAGGCGAAGGUGACAGCAAAGUCAAAGGCAAACACGAAACAAGCGCCAGAUGCCAGAACAGAGAGUGACACAAGCACUGAAGAUUCGUCAUCGUCAAGCGAGGAUUCUAGCUCUGAAAGCGAGGCAGAGAAGAAGCCUGUCAAACAGUCAAAGGCAAAGACAGCACCGCAAAGCCCAAAGCCGGCCAAAGCAGCACCCAAAGUUUCAAACGGGGAUCAAACGUCAAAGGCCUUGACGAAGACCAACAAGGGGAUCAAAAGCCAGGAAUUUGUUGGCACGUCGGAUGAUGGGUCAGACGACAACGUGAAUGAAUCCAUGGCUGUCGAGAAACGGAAGUCGAGCGCUGCCAUUCAUAAAACUCCCGAGAUUAUCGCACAGCACUUCCACUUGCGUAAAGCUGAGGAUAACAUGGAUGCGUUCAAGGUUGCAAAGGUCUUCCGAGACGCCAAGGCUCAGGGCAAGCAGAUUUGGUUCUUCACGACGCCAGUGUCUGUACCGAUCGAGGUCAUCCAGGAGCAAUCUCUCCCGCUUGACAAGAUGCGAGAUGGAAAAACCAUCUUCUCCCACGAUGGAGCCGAGUACUCGGGGGACCUUCAGGAGGCCAUGGACCACACCAUCAAGGUCUUCAUUCCCGGCGAGGCGGGUCAGAAAUAUGAGUCAUUACAACGGCCCAUUGACCGAGUCUUCCAUAUCAAGCGGGUGACGCACUUCAACAUGGAGGGCGAAAGCGCGCUUCUAGCAGCAGCGCCGAAACUACCGCGACCUCAACCAGGGGGUCUUAAGGUUCGGUAUCGUCCCAUCGGGAUCUCAGAUGGUGCGGACGGCAAGACGGGCACGUGCACAUCAUCACCAGAAAAUGACAACGAUGUCGAGAUGACACAAGCUCCAUCUGCGGGGACCUCUUCUGAGACGCCAAAAAAGAAGACCAAGAAACGCAAGCGUGACGUUGUCGACAAAGGAACUCCCAGUCUUGAGGACUCGACUUCGGUGUCGGCCACGAAAACGAAGAAGGUCCGAGUCGGCAAGUCCAAUGCGGCGGCGGCGGCAUCACAAGUCUCGACUCUUGCAAAGACAAUUAAACAGACCCCAGUUGUUCCCCCAACUGUCCCAUCAGUAAAUGGCAACUCUGUAUCUGCUAGGAAUGCAGUGAUUACGAAAGAGAAGAACGCCGAAACUCCUUCCAAAUCGUCUCAGUCGAAGACGAUCACCGGACUUAAGAGCGGCUCCAAGAAGGUGACGCCGGUCCACCCUCCUUCCGUGCCGGGCAUGAAGAGCGCUUAG